AUGUCUGCCGAAGUCCACCAUCUGUUCCACAACCCAAUUGCCGACCACUCUUUCUCGUCUGACAAGCAGACGCUGGCCGUCGCGAGGGACAACAAUGUGGAACUGUACCAGAAGAGCGGCGCCAAGUUCGCCCUGACCGACGAACUCAAGGGCCACGAGAAGACCGUGACUGGAGUCGACAUUGCCCCCAACAGCGGCCGCAUCGUGACUUGCUCUCAGGAUCGCAACGCCUACGUGUGGGAGCAAACCCCCUCUGGAUGGAAGCCAACCCUUGUUCUUCUUCGGAUUAACCGGGCCGCCACCUUCGUGCGGUGGUCCCCGUCGGAGCAGAAGUUCGCCGUCGGAUCCGGCGCGCGCGUGAUUGCGGUGUGCUAUUUCGAGGAAGAGAACGACUGGUGGAUUUCGAAGCACCUGAAGAAACCGAUCCGAAGCACCAUAACCACGCUUGCGUGGCAUCCCAACUCGGUCCUCUUGGCCGCCGGCUCUACGGACUCCCAUGCGCGAGUGCUCUCGAGCUACAUCAAGGGCGUGGACACGCGUCCCGAGCCGAGCGCCUGGGGCGAGCGUCUUCCGUUCAACACGAUUUGCGGCGAGUUCUUGAACGACUCCGCCGGUUGGAUUCACGGGGUGUCUUUUUCGCCUAGCGGAGAUGCGCUCGCGUUCACCGGCCAUGACAGCAGCAUCACGGUCGUCUAUCCUAGUGCUCCGGAGCAGCCGCCGCGCGCCAUGCUGAACAUCACCACCCGUCUGCUUCCGUUUACCAGUCUGAUUUGGAACGGAGAGAACGAGAUUAUCGCCGCCGGUCACGAUUGUGAACCCUACCGCUUCCGCGGCGACGAGAGCGGAUGGCAGCUUACCGGCUCACUCGAGAACAAGGCGGGGCCUGGCGCAGGCAGCGUGCGCGAGGAGUCUGCGCUGAACAUGUUCCGCCAGAUGGAUCUGAAGGGCCAGACGCAGGUGGAUACCAAGCUGAAGUCGACGCACCAGAACACCAUCAGCACUGUCCGAGUGUACGAGGAGAGUAACGGGGCUGUGCACAAGCUUAGCACGAGCGGAGUUGAUGGGCGGGUGGUUAUUUGGAGCAUUUGA